GCAGAUUUUGACCACUGCAACUGUACGGCGCACAUCGAUUUGCAGGUUGAUUUUUUUAUAUUCUGACGCCAUGCAGACCAUGUCGUGAGGCGGUUCUUAAUUUUUCCCGCCACUUGGAGGGAUUGUUCAGUUUUGAACGUUUGGUAUUUUCUUUAAAUUGUUCUGAAAAAAAUACGGAUCAUGGCAGAAGUGGAUUCUUCGGUUUCUGAUCCUGCGUCUGAGCCGAAAAAGAGGAAAGUUUCACCACCACCUCAUUCUUCAGCUGAAGAUCAGGAUGAGAACGUCAGCAAACCAAAGCUACGUUCGUCCGAGAAAUGUGUGAAGCCUGUGGAAGUAACUGACAAUGUUGAAGAGCCUUUGAAGUCAGAAACUGAACCUGCUGUGACCGAGAAGGAUGUUGAAGCAGAUCCAAAGACGAAGGUGGUAGUGCCGGACUCGAAACCUGAGACAUCUCUGAUUCCUCUACACGAGCUCUUCAACGAAGUUGAAGUCGAAGAUUUAAAAAAUGCUGCAUUCCAGAAUCGUCUCCCGUUUGAUAAAAUGUCCAAGGAUGAGUCCAUUGCAUUCGCGGAUGUUAUUGAACAAGGCGAAGCCAUGCUUCAAGAAUACCUCAUUUUGCGCAACAACAUUCUACGGCUGUGGUUGGACAACCCAGUCCAACAGCUUUUGUGCGACGCAGUUCGCGAAUCCCUCGAUUUGCGGAAGGCCUUGUAUAAUCGUGAAUUGCUCGUCAGAAUCCACGCCUACUUGGAUCGAUGGGGUCACAUAAACUUUGGCAUGAUCCAGAUCCUCACCAAGCCCCCGAUGCAUCACGGGAAAAAGGUCAUCAUUGUUGGGGCUGGAAUAUCUGGUCUCGCAGCUGCCCAGCAGCUCAAGCGUUUUGGCUUCAACGUGACGGUUCUGGAAGGUCGUGAUCGAGUCGGUGGUCGCAUUGCAACGUUUCGCGGAGAAAACAGUAGUGUUGCGGAUUUGGGAGCCAUGAUAGUGACUGGACUCGGUGGUAAUCCGCUGGCAGUUUUGUCGCGACAGUUUGAUGUCAAACUGAGCAAGAUCAACUCCGAUGAUUGCCCGCUUUAUGAUGCAUCCGGUGAACGUGUGCCAAACAAUCAUGAUAAAGCAGUUGAGGCUGAGUUUAAUCGGUUGUUGGAUGCAGCAGCAUACAUUGGCAAAGAAUGGAAAUUUGGCGAGACGGAGCCGAAAACUGCGCUUUCCCUCGGGAAAACCAUGGAGGUGCUCAUCACGAUGCAAGAAAAGUACAUUCGAGAAAAACUUGUUUAUCACUGGGAAAAGUACGUGGAAUUUCAAAACGAAUACACAUCCGUCAUCAGAUCCCGUAGAGAACUUCUCAAAAUUAUCCAACCAUUAUUGGAAAAGCGCCGUAAAGCAAAAUUGGACAACGCCGAAUUGCCUCCAGUCUCGGAAUCCGAGAAAAUGGUGGUCAAGCAAAUGAAGGACCUCGUUGAAAGAAGUCGGAUUCUCCAGCACAUUCUUCGUCGAAUGGAAGCUGUAACUCCACCAAAGGUCUACUUCUCUUCAAGCGAUCGUCAAUUGAUCGACUGGCACUUUGCCAAUUUAGAAUUUGCUAAUGCCACCCAGUUACGAACUUUAUCCCUCACUCAUUGGAACCAAGACGAUGCCUUCGAACUCACCGGUCCCCAUUUGUGCGUUCGGAAUGGAUUCUCAUGCAUUCCCAUUGCCUUGGCGAGUAAUUUACGAAUCCUACUAAACACCUCAGUGAAAGAGAUCCAGUACAAUGAUAGUGGUAUCAAAGUGAUGGCUGCUCAUGGUCGCCAACCACCUAGUGCUUAUCGAGCAGAUGCAGUUUUAGUGACGCUUCCGCUUGGAGUGUUGAAACGGUGUGUAGAAAAUAACGGCGUGACGUUCAAUCCUCCUUUGCCCGACUGGAAGAAAAGCGCUAUCGAAAAGCUGAAUUUCGGCACGCUGAACAAACUCGUGUUGGUGUUCGAUGCCCCGUUUUGGCACCAGGAUAUCCAAGUAUUUGGACACGUCUCGAAAGUGCCUGCGAUGCGCGGAAGCAUGUUCCUGUUUUUCAAUAUCUACGGUGGUCCGGUGUUGAUCGCGUUGGUGGCUGGAGAUGCGGCAUCUGCGUUGCAAUCUGUGAGUGAUGGGCAAGUCCAGGCGCAUUGCAUGGCCAUCUUGCGGAAGAUGUUCACCAAGGAUAUCCCGGAUCCGGUGAAGGCCGUUGUUACCAGAUGGGACCAGGAUCCCUUCUCGUACGGAUCCUACUCCAGUGUGGGCACACGGGCUACGGGAGAAGAUUAUGACGUGAUGGCGGAGAGUCUGACGUUCGAGGGUUCGGAGUCUCCGAGAGUGUUUUUCGGUGGAGAGCACACCGUUAGGAAUUACCCGGCAACUGUUCACGGCGCGUUUUUGAGUGGCUUGCGAGAAGCUGGCAAAAUUGCGAAUGCGUUUCUGGGGGAACCGUAUCUGGUUAAGAAGGAGCCGUGAGGGGAAAAUUCCUUGGUUUUAUCUCAUUCUAGUUUCCCGCGUUGGUAAUUUUGCAUUGGAUGUUUCACGGGGUGAAGCUCACUCACGCAGCGUUCUAGUUUUCAUCGAGACACGAGCAAGUUUCAGAUUUGGUGACGUGUGCGCAUGUGAGAGUGAUGCGAGGAAAGUGCCUGGGAAAAAAGCAUGCAAUAGUUGACUCUCGUUUUGUAGCAGUAAAAAUUCUGUUCAGCGAUUAUGUGGUUGACAGGCUUGAUCUCUUAAGUCCAGUGAUGUAAAACCUGUAAAGAUAUCGCGGAUUGUUUUCUCAUCCCCUGUAAGUCCGUCGAUCGAGUAAUAUGAAGGUGUGUGGAACGCCUAAUUUUUUUAAAGAUUGCUUGAAUACAUCACAGUCGAACUUCGAGGGACCAGCGAACAACUAGAUUUCUGGAGGUUUCAAAGUAGAAUAGCAAGCAUUUUUGUUCGGGGUAAUAAAGAAGAAUUACAGGAAAUUGUAAUCGGUGGAAUUUUGGGCCUUAAAUUGGCAGAAUGCUGAAGUUGGGGGCAAGAGCCCAAUUAAUCUUUCACUUCCUUUCAAAACGCCUCAAGGUCUAUUUUUAUUGCUUGUCUCUUUCAUGUGUCAAUAAAAUGAUUGCCAAAAUGCCUCCAGGAAGUUCAAAAACAUUCCGUAACACCAUCCAGAUUAUUCACGGUAUUCGUUCAUGUUGAGAAUAAUGUUGGCAGCCGAAUUUUCAACGACAACUUGGAUUUGUUGUAUGAUGUGAACGUCGAUGUCAGCUCAAGUCCAUCGUGCGAGGCGUCCGAUGUCCGAGGUGUGACAAAACGGCAUUUCAAAUCCUCUUGUUGGUAAAAACGCUUGACUGCCAAAACUCCACUGUGCAUUGUUAAUAAUUCCCAAAAUUUCACAUGGGUGCUUUUUUCCUAGCACGAUUUUAUCCGCUGUGCUCACUGAACAUGAAAUGAUCUGAUGUUGAAAUGAUCAGCAAACUGUAGGUUGAUGUUGGGAUUGGGAAUCAAGUCAAGGGGUUUCCUUGGAGGGAAAAUUCUUCGCAUUGUUCGCGGUUUUUUUUUCGAUUGAGGUAUUGUGUCACUGUUUUUGAUUUACCAAGUGAGCUUUUGUACGUUUUGUAAGCUGUUUUGUGCUCAUGGUAUUAUUUAUUUUCUGUUGCUGGUUGAUUCUUGAAUGAAGGGUUUGUGAUUCUGUGGAUUGGA